AGAAAAUGGGAGAACCAUGGCCCCCAGGGUUCAAACAAGAAGGGGAAUCACGGGGGAGGAGGAUCCUUCAGGGCACCCGCACCACCAUCAAGGGGGAAUCCCAACAUGAGUGGGCAGAACUCGGGAUCACAAGCCCCGACGAAGCCUAAGUGCAGGAAUUGCAAGAGAAACCACGAGGGCAAAUGUCGUGAUCCCCCACGGUGCUACCAAUGCGGAGAUAUGGGGCACAUAAAGCCCAAUUGCCCUCAACUUGGUGGGAACCGGUCAUCAGGGCCAAGCAGUGCAACCAUGGUGAGUAGAAACCGGGGUGGGGCACCCAAUGCAAGCACGAACCAUGGCGGGGCAAGUACAAGCAACGCACCCUCCGUGAACCAAGGAAGGGCUCAAGCGAGAGUGUACGCAAUGACCGAGGCCGAUGCUCGGGCUAAUCCCGACUCCGUCGCAGUUUCAGGUAGAACUUGAAGGGUGCUACCAUCACCGUUGCUUCGGGCGGAUUAUCAAGGAGAGGAGACGUGGUUCGUGCUUCCUCCGUUUCUGUUUUAAAACAUUCAAAUUAAUGCUCAUGGAUACUAUUUUCCGAAUAAUUAUUUAGGGCUUGCACGCCCGUGUUUGCCACGUGUGGCUCGAAUGCUUGUAUUAAUAUUUCCGCUGCUUAAUUAAAUGAUUUACAUUGUGA